AUAUGUGGCAAAGUGUACAAUCACAAAAACUCAUUUUACAGACACAAGGCCUCGCACAAGGGAAGCCAGUUUGUAUGUGGAGUUUGUGGCAUGAAGUUUACACGGGCAGACAGCAAGAAGAGACACCUGGAUCGAAAGCGAUGCCAGUACACCAACAAAAUAUAUACUUGCAGUACAUGCGGCAAAGUGUACAACCACCGAAGUUCUUAUUACAGACACAAGGCCUCGCACAAGGGAAGCCAGUUUGAAUGUGAAGUUUGUGGCUUGAAGUUCACACGGGCAGACAGCAAAAAGCGACACCUGGAUCGAAAGCGAUGCCAGUACACCGACAAAAUUUAUGCUUGUAGUACCUGCGGGAAAGUGUACAGUCACAGAAGUUCAUAUUACAGACACAAGGCCUCGCACAAAAAAAGGCAGUUUGAAUGUGAAGUUUGUGGUAUGAAGUUCACAAGGGCAGACAGCAAAAAGCGACACCUGGAUCGAAAUCGAUGCCAGUACACCAACAAAAUAUACGCUUGCGGUACAUGCGGCAAAGUGUACAACCACCGAAGUUCUUAUUACAGACAAAAUGCCUCGCACAAGGGAAACCAGUUUGAAUGUGGAGUUUGUGGCAUGAAAUUCACCCGGGCAGACAUCAAGAAGCGACACCUAGAACGAAAGCGAUCAUCAUGCCGAUACACAAAUAAAAUAUACGCCUGCAGUACAUGCAGCAAAGUGUACAGUCACAGAAGUUCAUAUUACAGACACAAGGCUUUGCACAAGGGAAGCCACAUCAUGCCGAUACAAAAAAAAAUAUACGCUUCCAGUACAUGCGGCAAAGUGUACAACCACAGAAGCUCCUAUAACAGACACAAUGCCUUGAACACGGGAAGCCGGUUUGAAUGUAGAGUUUGUGGCAUGAAGUUCACACGGGCAAACAGCAAGAAGUGGCCUGGGUCAAAAAUCAAAGUGAGAUUUUUAGUUUAG